AUAUUGGUAUAUAUUGACAAAACUGAUAUUUGGCAAUAUAAUAAAAAAGUUAUCAGAUCAUGAUAUUAACAUUUGGCAGCACCAAAUUGUAGUUAAAAUGUAAUACACAUAUGCAAUGUUUGGCAGCACCAAUACAUAAUUAAAAUGCAAUCACCACCCUGAUGCUUGCUAUAAUAACCACCAGCAUACACAUAUAAAAGGAAGUUCAUAAAUUUAUAUGAACACUUUAGAGAAGAAUAAAGAUGCCGAACACAUACAAAAGGACGGGGUUCGAAAAGCCUUAUAAAAACUAUACCCCUGAAACAUUGGAAGACGCUUUAUUACAAGUUCGAGAAGGGAAAAUAUCAUUAAACAAGGCUGCAAAAGAGUUCAACAUCUCAAGAUCCACACUCCAAAACAAAAUUAAGAAGCUUCACACAAAAUCUGUUGGUGGGCCAACCGCUCUUUUGGAAGACGAAGAAGCCUGCAUCGUAAAAAUGCUUCUAACAACGAGUAACUGGGGAUUUCCACUUGCAACCCUUGAUCUUCGCCACAUCACUAAGAGGUUUCGCGACAGAAAGGGCAAACGUGUUUCCAAGUUAAAUAACAAUUUCUCAGGGAAGGAUUGGGCACAUUCAUUUCUGGAAAGGCACAAAGACCAAAUAACUCCUCGAAUAUGCCAAAAUAUUACUCCAGCAAGGGCAGCCAUAUCAGUCUCAACAAUGUCUAGCUACUUCAACAAUUUGGAGAACAGUUUGGAAGGUAUACCACCUGAAAACAUCAGCAACUAUGACGAAACCAAUUUUACAGACGAUCCUGGAUCCAAGAAAGCCAUUUUCUCUAGAGGCGUUAAGUAUCCAGAACAAGUUAUGGCCCAUUCUAAAAGCUCAAUUUCUCUCAUGUUUUGUAGCACAGCAACAGGACAGUUGUUGCCUGUUUACGUUGUUUAUAAAGCCAAAAAUGUUUACAAGAACUGGAUGGAGGGUGAUCGACCUGGCUCUCGAUAUAAUGCUACAUCUCAUGGUUGGUUUGAUAACAGGGUAUUUUCCGAUUGGUUUCAAACUAUCUACCUCCCUUACGCCCGGAGGUUAACUGGACCAAAGGCAAUCAUUGGUGACAAUCUUUCGAGCCAUUUUUCAGAAGAUGUUAUCAAACUAGCUGAAGAAAAUAAUAUCAAAUUUAUUUGCCUUCCCCCCAAUUGCAUUCAUAUUGCUCAACCACUAGACGUAGCCUUCUUUCGACCUCUUAAAAUAUUAUGGAGGAAGACUUUAACAGAGUAUAAGAUUGCUAACUCGAAAAACAAAACAGUGCCGAAAGAUGUGUUUCCUAGUCUUCUAAAAAAAGUCUGGGACAGCUUACAUGAGAACGACAAGGCAAGGGAAAAUUUGAUAUCUGGCUUCCGGGCAACUGGAAUUUAUCCAUGCGAUAGGCAACAAGUUUUAAGUAAACUCGACAAAACUGAAUCAAGAACAAAUAAUACUACCAGCAACAUGAUGAACCUUAGCGAUUCAGUAUUGGACUAUAUGAAGAGGCUUCGGACCCCGGAUACCUCAACCAGGAAGCCAAGAAAGAAAAAAGUUAACACUGAACCAGGUGCUAGUGUCACUAUGGCGGACUUCACAUUAUCGUCGAGCGUUUUAACACAUUCUCAUAAUGUAGAUGCGCCCGAUGAUGCCACUGAAGAAAUGUCCACGGAUCAGCCCGGCCCCUCAAAAAUAAGUCACAGACGGAAGCCAAGACGCCGCAAGGCAAGAAUAUAUUUCAUUAUUUUAUUGAUGAAAUAAAUUAACUAGGUUUGUAUGUUAACAGGUCAUCGUUUCAUCAGACUCCUCAACCAUCAAUACCACUCUAAACUCGCUCCAGUCUUUGUCUUUGGAUGACUCGGACAGUGUUAACCUCGCUUCUUGGCAAGAGCAACAAAUUUAUGAUUGACGAAGAUAUGAUGGCCAGCGAAGAUUCGUCCAUAAAGGCUGGUGACUAUUUCUGGUCAAGUUUCCAGUUAAGAAAAAAAUAUUAUUUUACGUCGGCUGCAUCUUAAAUGUUGAUAACGAUGAGGUUACAGUUUCAUUCCUGCGAAGAGGUGCUGGGUACAGCUUCAUAUACCCAGAAAAAAAAGACGUAGCACAAGUCACUAAAAGUGAUCUGGAGAAGAAACUUCCUGUUCCAACGGUUGACCGCAGAGAGAGACUAUUUUUUUCCACAUCCUUUGAAGGAUAUCAAAAUGUAUGCUAACUUUAAGGUUUUGUUUUUUUUUAAUUAAAUAAAAACCCACAUGUUUUAAAAAAUCUGCGCUUUUUGCAGAUUUGAAAACGUGCCAAAGUCACCCGGUUUUACGCUAUUCUAAUGGGAUAUACAUAAUGAGCACAUGCGCGCUUCAUUAACUUUCGUUAAACACAUGCCGUGCGCUCUAAACCGCACGACAUGAGUAAAUUUCUCUGAAUAAAAAAGAACAACAUGGAUGCAAAAAAUUAAAUUAAUUUUCACUUAAUAAAAAUGUGAUCAACGAACUGUGAAUUUAAUAAAAACAGUUUUAAAAAUAUUUUUUGUGUAAUUCAACGCGUUUUUUUUU